GGGCAAGCCUUCCCUUGUCGGUUUGGCACAUAGAGUUCUUAAACACCCACACCCACACCCAAAUCUUGCUGAUUUCAAUGCAACACAGUAUGAGCCAACUCCGCCGAGCGCUUUUCUUCGCUCCCCGCAAUGUUAUCUCCUCGGCUCUUGCCACUGGCAUUCAUUCAUCGCCAUCGAUCCACUCCCUAGUUGAUCUCAAAGUAAAUUCCCACCGACUUCUCAAAUAUCCGUGGUCCACAGCCCAAUAUAGAGGCUUUAAAUUGAACGGUGCCGAUGUGAAGCCAGGGAAUGUUAUUCAGAGAAAAGGAAAGAUUUAUCAGGUGGUGAAGGCUCAACAUACUUCACAAGGAAGAGGAGGAGCUAUUGUUCAGGUAGAGCUGCGGGACGUUGAUAGUGGAACCAAAGUGAAUGAGAGAUUCCGUACUGAUGAGGCAAUUGAGAGGGUAUUUGCUACAGAAAGGACUUUUACAUACCUCUAUACUGAUGAUGAAACUGGAAAUAUUGUGUUAAUGGAACCUGAUACAUAUGCACAGCUGGAUGUACCACGACAUCUGUUUGGUAACUCUUAUGUCUACCUUCAAGAUGAUAUGAGAGUGAGUGUGCAGCUGUAUGAUGAAAGGCCGAUGUCAGCAUCUAUUCCUUCGCGUGUAACAUGCACUGUUGCUGAAACUCAAAUUCAAGUGAAGGGUGCUUCAGUUACUCCUCAGUACAAGAGGGCUGUUUUGGACAAUGGUCUUACUAUCAUGGUGCCAGGACACAUCUUAUCAGGGGACAAGAUAGUAGUCAGCACCACCGACAACACUUACAUGUACAAGGCUUAGAGUGACUGGUCUGCCAAACAUCUCGCUUUACUAGAGUGACUAAUAAUAUUAUUCACAUGGGCAUUUGUUCUCUUUAUAUUUUUGGAAUCCUCUUUUAAUGUCUAUGUGUAUGCUAGAGUCAAAUCUCUUGCUUUCCCAGACAUAAUAAGACUAUUUUAUGUUUCUUAUUCAGGGCUUAGAGUGACUGGUCUGCCAAACAUCUCGCUUUACUAGAGUGACUAAUAAUAUUAUUCACAUGGGAUAAUCCUUCCCACCACCAUUUUCUUACUUUCUAUUUAUAGAUUAUUGCUUUUACCAUUAUAUAGAAUUCAUUUUAAUUCUUACCAAG